AUGUCGCAUCUAUCGCCAGCUCAACAAAAGCCAAAGCCCGAAGCUCUUCCCUGCAUAUUCUCUAAAAUAGUUACUAAGUACAAUAAGGAAAUCGGAUUAAGUUUCUGUGAAACGAAGAAAAAGCAAACUUGGCGAAAUGCUAGUGCUCCAGAAGCAAUUAGACGACUUGAACUAUUUACUGAUUUCAUACCGGAAUUAACUGAUUUUCUUUUAGAAUCUUAUCAUUAUUCUAUUUGCCAACAACAUUAUAAUGAAAUUGUAUCUAAAAAUCAAUUUUAUCAACGGCUUUGUCAUGAAAAUAAAAGACCUCAGAUUGAUACUGAUUCUAUCUCUUUAGAGAUAAUCGAUAGUGCUUCAAUGAUCAAGUUUGAAAAAAUAAAAGAAUUAGGUGAAGAGUUACAGCAAAAAAUAGAAGAACAAAAACGAGAAAUAUCAGAAUUAAAGAAUCAGAUAAGUGGAUAUU